GAGGCUUAGUUAUUGUCUGUUUCUGGAAACAAGACAUUGCCUCUCCGUAACGCUAAUUACAUUUUGAUACACACUUUCAAAGCUGUUAAGCAUCAUUAUGUCGUUUUAAUGUGUUUGGUUUCCGCUUUAUUUAGCUUUGAAAUUCAAGUUUAUCCCUUAAUCUCGGUCUGGAAACAAUGCAUUAAUUAGUGUCUUUGACUUUAUAGUAGUUUGUGUUUAUUAUGGGCAUUCUUUCUUCUUAUAUGUUUCCCAAUCUUACAAUGAGUUACGAAAACGGAAUAAAGAAAUUAGCUUCACAACAUUCGCAUUCUUUUUGUUCAAGUAGGUAGGCCACUUUGGAUAAUUUUGACGCAAAUGGUACAUCAACUUGAAUCAUUUUUGCAUUUUCUUUUUGUAUACUUAUAAAGACAUUAUACCAGUCCUAUGAUUUUCUAAAUUGACGAAUAGGUUCGAAAAGUAAAAUUAUGUGUGACGAUAGCUAAGUACGUGCAAGUUAGCAUCCACCGACCCAUUUCACCGUGAAGUCCUAAUGAUAAUUACUCACGACAAAAACGUUAUUACAACUUUUAUAAAGUUUCUAAGUCUGAAAUGUUUUGUAAGGAAAAAACGAAACAAAAGAAAAAUAAAUUGAAACACAAAUAACAUUCACGAUAACUAUUUGAAAAAUAUUAUUAUGUUGUAUAUUUCAGCUGUUUUUUUGGCACUCACAAUUAUUUUUUCCCCAUGCUAUUUAUUUUAAAUAUUAUAUUCUUGGAAAAAUUUUAUAGAUGCUUUUUUAACGGUAUAUAUGAUCGCAUGGGUGACAAAACGACUCAUCCAUCAUAAGCGUAACAAAUGCAUUCACAAUUUCACGUAUGGUAUUUCAAGAAUCAAACGGUGGACGUGUUACCAUCUGAAAACUACGCAUGUUUGUUUAUGGUAAACUCAUGGCAAAUAAAGAUUGAAGACAUUAAAACUAAACUAUCCUAAGAAACAAUAAACCACAAAAGAUGUUAAACAUUGACAAAGAUGUUGAAAUUAGUGAUUUUUUUUCCAAAAAGUAUCACUGAAGAUAAGUUACUGGAGAGAUUCAAAUGGUGUCUUCACAGAAAUAAAUUUGUCAUUCAUUAAAUAGCAUCCAACAUCUUAAGUUUAAGCCUACUAAUCUUCAUAUCUCUCCUAUCUUUCUCUCUUUCUCUCUCUCUUUUGGUGUUUGUGCUUCCUGCAUUAAAGAGAAACCAUCUUCAAUGUUAGACAUCUAAUCCCCUAAAUGGAGUCUAGUGUCCAUCGCUCCCAUCACUGUUUCGAUAUUCUUGAAGGAAUGUCGCCACAAGACGAUCAUUUCAACUCAGCAUUCCUACCAAACGCUAACUUCCAUGUCCCGAUACAGUCCUUACCACCAAACUCAUCAACUCACAACAACAACAAUCGCUCUCACUUAAACCCAACCAUUUACCACAACGAGGGUCUCGAAAGAAGGGCGAGAAGAAUGGUCUCUAACCGAGAAUCUGCAAGGAGGUCAGAUAUGCGGACAAAGAAGCAAAUCGAAGAGCUGCAGCAACAGGUGGAACAGCUCAUGAUAUUGAAUCAUAACUUGUCUGAGAAAGUCAUCCAUUUGCUUGAAAGCAACCACCAGAUACUACAAGAGAACUCACAGCUGAAGGAGAAAGUCUCUUCCUUUCAGAUUCUCAUGGCGGAAAUGCAAAUACCCAUGAGAAAUGUGGAUGGCAGCAUCAAUGACCGGGUUGUGAAUCAUCUCAGAGGAGAGACAUUGAACCGGACCAAUGCUUUCUUUGGUAGGUAAAAAGAAAAGUUUCAUGUUCUUGGUAUGCUAAAGGCAGUAGUAAUAGUAAUACUAUGAUUGACUCGUAUAUGUAAUGUGACUACUACACUAGCAAUUGUUUGCAUAUCUGUAUAUAAUAAAUAACAACAAUGCAGUAGAAAAAAAAAAGCAAUGCAGUAGAAACUGUGUAAUCACAUCACAUUCUUGGUCUAUGAAGCAUACCAACUUAACACUGUUACU